CACAAGAUGUCCCUUUCUCUCUCUUUCCUCUCUGUUCUUCUCUCAUCCUACAACUCCAAAGAAACACAAAGAACCUAGAGAGAGAAAGAGAGAGAAAGGGUCACCGGCCGCCCCCGUCACACGAAACCUCCUCCCCCUUUCCUUCCAUCAUCCAAAUUCAAUCCUCUCGUUCACCUGCUCAACCGCACUUCGCAAAAGUUCCAAAGAUUUCUGCUUUUGUUAUGGCAACCACCAGCGCUGGAUCGAGCGAUCCUACUGCUAAUAGACCACAAACGAAACGACCUAAGUACUCAAAGUUCACGCAACAAGAACUUCCAGCAUGCAAGCCGAUUCUUACACCACAAGCGGUUAUUUCAGCUUUCUUGAUUGUUACCGUCGUAUUCAUUCCUAUUGGAGUUGCUUCGCUUAUUGCUUCACGAGAUGUUGUUGAAAUUGUUGAUAGGUAUGAGGAAGAAUGUGUACCGUCAAAUUGGACGGACAAGGUAGCGUUCAUUCAGAGUAAUGCUGAUAAAGCUUGCAGAAGGAAGCUGGAAGUGCCGAAGCGUAUGAAGUCUCCUAUCCAUGUUUACUAUCAGCUUGAUAACUUCUACCAAAAUCAUCGCCGGUAUGUGAAAAGCCGAAAUGAUGAGCAAUUGAGGGAUUCAAAAAAAGGAAACUCAACAAGUGGUUGUCAGCCUGAAGAUUAUGUAAACGGUGUUCCAAUUGUACCUUGCGGUCUUAUCGCUUGGAGUAUGUUCAAUGAUACAUACAGCUUCUCUCGCAACAGCCAGAAUGUUACAGUGAACAAGAAUGAAAUCUCAUGGAAGAGUGAUAGGGAUCACAAAUUUGGAAAAGAUGUUUUCCCUAAAAAUUUCCAGAAUGGUACUAUUAUUGGCGGUGCUCGUCUGGAUGAAGAUAUACCGUUGAGUAAGCAGGAGGACCUUAUCGUUUGGAUGCGAACUGCUGCUUUACCAACUUUUAGAAAGUUGUAUGGAAGGAUUGAGGUGGAUUUGGAGAAAGGCGAUGUAAUAAACGUGGUAGUGCAAAACCGCUACAACACGUAUAGUUUUAGCGGCAAGAAGAAGCUUGUAUUGUCAACUGCUAGCUGGCUUGGUGGGAAGAAUGACUUCCUUGGCAUUGCUUAUCUCUCUGUUGGUGGAUUAAGCUUUUUCUUGGCCAUGGCUUUUACUAUUCUAUAUUUUGUCAAGCCAAGGCAACUUGGAGAUCCAUCAUAUUUGUCAUGGAAUAGGAGUCCAUCAGGGCACUGAGCAGAGGAAUUAGUUCCAGCAUGAUCUUCCAAGAUUUGUUAUUCUAAGGACUAAAGUGGGGGGGUGUUAUUUUGUACAUCAAUGUUAUUAUUACUAAUACAUGUAACACACGAAUCAUUAUUACAUUUGUUUAUUUCCCAAAAAAAAUUAUUUUA